AUGGAAACGCCCAACACCCAGGUUUACGUCACCAACAUUUCGGCCAGCGCGAGCGAGAAGACCGUCACCGAUUUCUUCUCCUUCUGCGGCAAGAUUAACUCCAUGACCCUGCGCACGCUUGAGGGUGGCGCUAAGGAAGCCGUCAUCGAGUUCCAGACUGAUGCCGCCGCCAAGACCGCUCUUUUGCUCACCAACGCCUUGAUCGUGGACAGGCCCAUCACCGUUGCCCCGUACACUGGUGCGCCCCUUCAGAAGAUCAGCGAGGAGAAGGUCGAGCACGAGACUAAGGUCUCCGGCGACCAGAUCAAGCACCAGGAGCACAGCGUGCCCGACCAGCAGCGGUCUCAGACGUCUGUCAUUGCGUCUAUGAUUGCUGCCGGCUAUAGCAUGGGUGCUGACGCUGUCGACAAGGCCCGUGCUUAUGAUGAGCAACAGGGCAUCACGCAGACCAUUCACGCCCAGACCGAGGCCCUGAAGGCCAAGGCUCAGCAGAUCAACGAGCAGUACAAGAUCGGCGAGACCGCGUCGGCUUGGGGUAACGCCGCCUACGGUUGGUGGUCUGGUGUCGAUCAGGCCCUUGGCAUCUCUCAGACGGCCACCGCCAUCAAGCAGAGCAGCGCUGCCGCUGCCCGAGCGAUCAGCGAGAGCGAGGCGGCCCAGGCUGCCGGUGAGACGCUGGAGGUCGCCAAGGAGGCCAUCGUCGGUGCUGCCGAUGCCGUUAAGACCAGCACGACCCGCUUCAUCGACGAGCAGCCCGCGCUCAAGGCCGCCUCCACCAAGAUCCAGGAGACCACCAACGCCAUGAGCAGCGAGGUCAAGGGCGUGGCCGACGAGACGACGCGACUCAUCCGCGAGAGGGACCAGGCCAAGAAGGCCGGUCCCUUCGAUGGCAUCGACGAGCAGCGACCCGCCGCGACGGAGGCCCAGCCCGAGGCGUCGGAGGCACCUGCCCCGGCCAAGCCCCAGGACACCGUCUCCCUCUAA